AUGCCUCAUCAAUCACGACUGUCUUCCCAAUACACAUACUUACUGGAACCCCAAAACCGAGUGCUGAAAUCUCCACGCCGUGUGCGCCAUCAAAACUGGAGAAGAGGUAAUCAUCGCGUACCGUCCCCGGUAAAGGAGAAACCUUCGAUGCACGGCGUGCACAUCUCAAGAGAGCCCGAGACUCAAGCGAGUAAUACUCAACGUAGCAAUCUUGAAUUUCUUAGACUUGAAAUUCAUAAAGAGAAGCGAACAGUUGAACACCCCACAGAAAGUCUAGCAGACUGCCACACCUCUAUUGAGAUACUCAAAGAGGAAAAUGAAGACAGGGCAAACAUAUUGAUCUCUGAUAUCUACUGGGAUGCUUUCAAUAUUAGCAUUGCGCAAAGUGAUCAAGCGCGAGCGAGCUUUUUUAUGGAGAGGGCUUAUAGUGAAAGAGUUCUGUGUGAACGAGAGGAUGGCCCAGAUAUUCAGAACAUGACAAAAUUGAUAAAGAAACCUUCCCAAUAUGGAAGUUUCGCGCUAACAAAUAAGUGGCAGACUGGAAAGAAGAAACUACCAAAGGGACUGAAUACUGAAUAG